AUUGAGAAAGCAAAAAACCCAUACCUUAUUUAUAGGACACCCCACUUGAAAAUCCUUCUACUCAACUUUGAAUCAAAGAGCUCCUAUAGAGACAUAGGUACUUCUGCAUUUCCCCAAAACUCACAGAAUUGUUCUGAAUCCUUCAUCAAUGGAUAGAGUCGAACUAGCCGGCGAGCUGGAUGAGAUGCCUCUUCAUGAUAAGUCGUUCUCAUACAUGGAGCCCCAAGGCAUGAACGGCUUUCUGGGAGUCGAUAAGCAAAACAUUAAGGAGGUAAGCUCCUUGACAUCGCUGGUCAGCAAUGGUUCGGUUGAUUUUCGUGGGAGAAUGGCUGAUAAGCAAACCACCGGAGGAUGGAAGGCCUCACCAUUCAUCAUAGUGAAUGAGGUGGCAGAGAGGUUAGCAUUCUUUGCGAUUGCGGUGAACAUGGUGAGAUACCUGGCGUUGGAGAUGAAUGAAUCAAUCCCAGAUGCAGUGACACAUGUCACUGAUUGGAUUGGAGCUGCCUUUGUUCUUGCAAUCCUCGGAGCAUUUCUUGCCGAUGCAUAUUUGGGUCGCUUCAAAACCAUCAUCAUUUUCUCUUGCAUCUACGCAGUGGGAAUGGUGUUGUUGACACUGUCAGCUUCCCUAGACAACCUCCGACCACCAUCGUGCGCCACAAAGCCAUGCGUACCCAAACCGGCGUCAGGUCCCCAAAACGGCUUCCUAUUUUGUGCAUUAGCCCUCAUAGCACUCGGAACAGGAGGUAUCAAACCCUGCGUCUCCUCCUUCGGAGCUGACCAAUUCGACGAGUCCGACGAUAAAGAAGCCCACAAGAAGUACGCAUUCUUCAACUGGUUCUUCUUCGCCAUCAAUAUGGGUGUUCUUUUGGGGAUCACCCUCCUCGUCUAUUUACAGCAACAGAAGGGCUGGAUUUGGGGCUUUGCUGUCCCCACUGUCGCCAUGUUCUGCUCUAUUCUCAUCUUGGCUUGUGGAUUUCGAUUCUAUCGGUAUCAGAAACCAAUGGGGAGUCCUUUCACCAGGUUUCUUCAGGUUGUGGUGGCUUCUGUGAGGAACCACAUGAGAGGGGUUGAAGUGGGAGGUAAGGUUGAGCUUUAUGAGGUUAAAACUAGAGAGUCCGCUAUUCAUGGUGCCAGAAAGCUUUCUCAUACUGUCCAAUACAGAUUCUUGGACAAAGCAGCAAUUAUAGUAGACCCAGAAGAAGCAAACACAAAGAGCCGUUGGAGACUAUGCACAGUGACACAAGUGGAAGAAUUCAAAUGCUUCAUCAGAGUCCUCCCAAUAUGGGCUUCAACCAUAGCUCUCUCCAUCUCAUUCGCCCAACUCUCCACCUUCUUUGUCACCCAAGCGACCAUCAUGGACCGCAAGCUCGGCUCAAACUUCCUCAUCCCAGCCGGCUCAGUCCCCUUCUUCAGUGCCGUCAACGCCCUCAUCCUCGUACCCAUCUACGAAACCUUCGUCGUCCCCAUCCUCCGCCGCAAAACCGGCCACCCCCGCGGCCUCACCUCCCUCCAGCGCAUGGGCGUCGGCCUAUUCAUCUCCAUCGUCGCUCUCACCUCGGCCGCUCUCGUCGAAAAGAGGCGGCGCCACCACCCUAAGCCCAUGACUGUGUUCUGGUUACUUCCUCAAUUCUUCCUCAUCGGAAGCGCCGAGGUUUUCACUUAUGUCGGACAAUUGGAGUUUUUUUACGAUGAAGCCACCGAUGGGACACGAAGCAUUAGCAGCGCGAUGUUUUUGAGCGAGAUUGGGAUCGGAAGCUGGCUAAGUACGGCGCUGGUGAAGAUCGUUGAGAGUGCGACGGGUGGGGUGGAAAAUGGGUGGCUGACGAACAGUCUUAAUACAAGCAAGCUCGAUUACUUUUACUGGAUUUUGACAGGGAUUAACGCGGUUAAUUUCUUGGUGUAUGUUUUGGUGGCUUCGCGGUACAAGGGAAGAGAUGGGUCUGCGAGGAAUGUGAGAGUUGAAGCCAUGGGUGGUAAAGCUGGUGAUGGGGAUGACAAAGGCGAUCUCCUCCACAGUAGAGUGUUCUGAUAAAAGAAUUAGGAAAUAAUAUUGGAAUUUUUUUGCAAAAAUUUAUUUGAUAAUCAAUUUCUUAGUGGUAUUUUAUAUUUUAUUCUUGUGAUAGGUUUUAUAGCUAACAUUUUUAUGUGUGUCAUAUGUGAGAAACUCUGCAGUGUCUGUAGGUUCCUUGUAUGUGAGCUUGAUGACUGUGUGUUAUGGGUUAUGGUGGUUGUGUUAUAUAUGUAAAAUAAAAUAGAUAAAAUUUGACUUA